GCAAGCGCUGUGCUCGCUACCGAGGGAAAGCCCGAGACUCCCUGAGCAUAGAGAGCAGAUGACGUGAACGCGCUCGUGAUUGCACUUUGCGUUAUUCGUUCUUCAGCACUGCUCCAUUGACACGCAACCAGUGUGAGUGUACAGGAGAUGCUUUGCAGUCUCCGUCUAUUUUAAUGUGUUGCUGCAGUGUUCCUCCAGUCCGCAGGGUGUCAGUAACGAGUCGCAGUCCUCUUAACAGCGCUUCCGUUCUCCGGCGGCCAUCACGCUUCUGUCAUUGCAGCGGCUUGAUCCUUGGACAGAGAAUAAAGAUGGCAGGACGACGUGUAGCUGUUAAGGCCAUUGAUUGGCUGGCUUUUGCAGAGAGGGUCCCACCGAACCAGAGACCCAUGUUCAACAGCCUGAAGACCCGCAGUGAUGCCAUCUCAGCAAAACUUGCAUCUUUGCCAGAAAAGCCAGUUACCAUUGACUGGAAUCACUACAGAACAGUUGUAGCCAAAGCAGGCAUGGUAGAUGAGUUUGAGAAGAAGUUUUCUGCAUUGAAGGUCCCUGAACCAGUAGACACUCAGACUGCAAAGAUUGAUGCACAGGAGCAGGAGGCUAACAAAAAUGCAGCGGCAUAUUUGGAAGCAUCUAAAGCUCGUAUCGCAGAGUAUGAGAGUGGGCUGGAGAAGUUCAGGAACAUGAUUCCUUUCGAUCAGAUGACCAUAGAAGAUCUCAACAACACCUUCCCAGAGACCAAGCUGGACAAGGUCAAAUAUCCAUACUGGCCACACAAGCCUAUUGCUGACCUGUAAUUUAUGAGCAGUGCCCAGAGCUUCAAUGUAAUGCAUCUCCAUGAGUACGAAUGCUUCUUCUGUAUAGUCUAAUUGCUUCUACCACAGAAGUGAUUCCAAUUGUGAAAUGACUCAUAACAUUUUUAUGUGUGGGUUAAAAUAAAAAUAAAUUGUUUAAAUUA